AUGAACACAGCAUCCAUCAAAAUACCACGUAGCAUGUUGAUUUCCAGUCUAUACGACGCACGGCCGAAUAGAUGUGGGACAUGCGGCCGUCGUUUUCCCGCCACAGAGGAGGGAAAGGAGAAGAAAGCCCGUCAUCUUGACUGGCACUUUCGCACGAACCAACGGAUGGCCGACGCUGCCAGGCGUGCGCAGAAUCGCAGUUGGUACGUCGACGAACGGGAUUGGAUCAAAUCACGAGAAGUGGGAGACGAUCAGGUCAUCACAGAGACAGAGGCUACAAGCGAAAGCGCCGGUGCCGACGGAGCGUCGUCAAAGAAAGGACCAGCUAAGCAAUGGAUUCGGGCACCAAACGAUGCUACUUUGCGCAACACACCUUGUCCUAUUUGCCAAGAAAAGUUCGAGUCCACCUGGUCAGAAGACGUCCAGGAUUGGAUUUGGCAAGAUGCCGUCAAAGUCGGCGCUCGAGUAUAUCAUGCUAGCUGUUACGCAGAAGUGACCAAGGACGGGCCGAGGCAAGCUCAUCGUGACACGCCAUCAGGACGGACCGGCACCCCAGACUCGGUGUUAGGCAAGCGCAAGGCCGAGGGAAGCGACUCGCCGGGCCAGAAUGUGCGGGUCAAAACAGAGCCUGCGUGA